AUGGCUGAUCACAGUGUACGCGUAUUUACAGUGGCCAACGAGUCACGAUACGUGGUGGUGCGCAACGUCCCGGCGCUUGGUGUAAUCGAUGAUCUUCUCAAGCGACUCAGUCUCUAUGGGAAGGUGUGCGAGUACCGACUAUUAGACCAUGAAGACGAUCGACAAGAAGCACUGCAAUUUGAGGGCGGCAUUGAUGACAACGAUGAGUUCACAGAUACAGUUUGGGUGCAGUAUGAGACGGUGAAUAACGCGCGUCAUGCUAAAGUGCGCGGAGUGCAAAAGUCAUUCUAUGGUAACCGAUUACAGAUCUCAUACGCGCCGCACUUCGAGUCACGAGAGGACACUGCGGACAAAUUGGCACAGCGACGAAAGCUACUGUUGCUUCGUGCUCGGCCAAAUACUCAGUAUGCAGAAUGGGCCCAAGUAGCAGUGAUAAGCAACAAUACAAGGGAGACCUCACGGAAUACAACCCUGCUACCCCCGCUUCCUCCAGUUGAUACGAAAAACAUGGUUAACCGUUUUGUCGGGCCGCAAUUGCCAUCGAAAUCUCAGUUUCACCAAACACCGUCAAACCUGCAGCAUCCACAACCAAGGCAAGCAGCUCCCGAAGUGGCAAGACAGCAGCAAAGCACAAAGCGACGGCGUAUAUAA